AUGCAACAUGCGCAGCCUGAGCGACGAGCGGAUGGGCGCAACGUGGCGCAAGCCGCUUUCGAGGAAAGCGAAUUUCGUCGCUUAAUUGAUUGUGACAGUGCGCUAGAGCGCACGCCAAUGAAAAUCGUCGAAUUGUUCGGAAUGGUACUGUUUGGAGCUGGGAGUUUCCGGCGCGCCGAAGCACAGGAGCGGGUUAAUCAAGGUGCGGCGGAGGCACAAGCCGUGUUGCAAGCACAGGCACAAGCGGAAGCUCAAGCGCAAGCAGCGUAUCAAACUCGGGCGCAUCAUCAACGAGCACCGCCCCCAACGCCGUACGCAGUCCCUGGCUGUUUGCUGGGUCUUUUUGGGCACUGUGUGCUUGCCGUUCUAGACUCAAAGUUGAUAAACGAAAAGUUUAGUGAAGUGGAGCAAUACAAAGGACUAAGAAGUGAAUUUUGCCAGUAG